UCAAAACGCGAAUGAGCAUCGACCGUGAACGUUGACGAGGAAUAAUUGCAGCGCUGAAGCCCCUCCAACUUAAGUCGAACACGGCGCGCCUGAGAGAAGCUAAAUUCUGGAAAAUGUUGUCGUAAUUACAACAAAACAACGUAGCUCUACUAGCGUGAACAGCAAAACGCAGAAAGCGAAAUAAUUAAAUAAUUUUUGUUGAAUAACGGUUCCGCAGCGAAGUUGCAGGACAGCCAUUAGAGAGGACGAGAAAAGAAUUACAGCGUGAAACUUGCUGAAAAUACGAGCAGCCACAUCAAAUCGGUCCAUCAGCAGUGCCUGUCAUUCGCUAACGGCAUCAUCAUCCCGGCAAAAAAAAAACAAUACCGAACUUCAGCCAAGAACAACAAACAAACAAGCGAACCAACGAAAGCGCGUCGUCAGCAGCAGUAAUAACGCUUGACACUGCUUGCCGCUCUGCUCUCUGCAGCUAUACGAACCGACACGGAUGCGUGCAAAAUUGUUCGAGUGCUUUGUAUUGAUUUAACGUUGUUUGCUAAACGAAAAAUACACAGAAAUACAAAUAAAACAAAAGAAGCGCAUAAGUAGAAAGUUAUAAUUAAUAUAAUAAUGCUACAGCAAAUACAACUACCAACACUAAUGCAGUAGAAAAGUGCUCUCAUUACAAAAAAAAAAAACUAAAGUUUCGCUCUCGUGUUUUUGAGCGAAAAAAGUAAUAACAACGAAUAGCAAAUCAUCAGCUGAGUCGUGAAAGAGCGUGGCGUAGAAACGGAAAUCGAGACUCUAAUUCAAAAGAUAAAACAAAAAACAAAAAACAACAAAUUAAAGACGCGACUUUCGCUGUCAUUCUGCUGAUACUCAACAGACCCGUUAAACAAAUAAAAGUAGCACAAAAUGCCGCCAAACACGAAUACGAACACCGAAGAGCAGCUGCCGGAAGAGUCGACGCAAAGUCUGGAACCGGCCGAUCAGAAAGUAGAGGAGACCACGCAGCGUGAGGUGUUCCGCGAGCUCGCGCAAAAACAGGCGGAACAACAGCAGGCGGAGAGUCAAAAAAUGUUCACCACUUUGACACCCAAAACCACAACAGAGGCCGAAGAGGAACCCACCACAACAACUGCGUCUACCAUCCAGAAAAUCGGACAUGCCGGCGAAGUGGUCACCGAAGUGAUUGCCGAGAAGACAGGUCUGCCCACAUGGGGCGUGGUGGCAAUUAUCAUACUGGUAUUCCUCGUCGUCUUUGGUAUACUCUUCUUUUGUGUACGUCGUUUCUUAAAGAAGCGACGAACCAAAGAUGGUAAGGGUAAGAAGGGUGUCGAUAUGAAAUCGGUACAAUUAUUAGGAUCGGCGUAUAAAGAGAAAGUUCAGCCUGAUAUGGAGGAACUCACCGAAAAUGCUGAAGAAGGCGAUGAGGAGGAUAAACAAAGCGAGCAAAAAUUAGGCAGACUGAAUUUUAAGCUCGAAUAUGACUUCAACUCGAACAGCUUAGCGGUCACCGUUAUACAAGCCGAAGAAUUGCCCGCGCUUGAUAUGGGCGGCACAUCAGAUCCUUACGUUAAGGUCUAUUUGCUACCCGACAAGAAGAAGAAGUUCGAAACCAAAGUGCAUCGCAAAACACUGAACCCGGUCUUCAAUGAAACCUUCACAUUUAAGAGCUUGCCCUAUGCCGAUGCCAUGAACAAGACGCUCGUAUUUGCCAUAUUCGAUUUCGAUCGUUUCUCCAAGCAUGACCAAAUCGGCGAGGUGAAGGUGCCACUCUGCACAAUUGACUUGGCGCAAACUAUCGAGGAAUGGCGAGACUUGGUCAGCGUUGAAGGUGAAGGCGGACAGGAAAAGCUUGGCGAUAUCUGCUUCUCACUACGUUACGUUCCAACUGCUGGCAAGCUAACUGUGGUCAUCUUGGAGGCAAAGAACUUGAAGAAGAUGGACGUCGGCGGAUUGUCUGAUCCAUAUGUGAAAAUUGCAAUCAUGCAAAAUGGAAAACGUUUGAAAAAGAAGAAGACAAGUAUCAAAAAAUGCACCCUCAACCCUUACUAUAAUGAGUCGUUCUCAUUUGAAGUACCAUUUGAACAAAUACAAAAAAUCUGUCUCGUCGUUACUGUUGUGGAUUACGAUCGUAUCGGUACAUCUGAGCCGAUUGGACGCUGCAUACUCGGCUGUAUGGCUACCGGCACCGAAUUGCGGCAUUGGUCCGAUAUGUUGGCCUCACCACGACGACCGAUUGCCCAAUGGCACACAUUGAAGGAUCCCGAGGAAACCGAUGAAAUACUGAAGAAUAUGAAGUAAAGUGACGGGGGCGGUUUAUGUAGAAAGUACUAAGUAGGAGGUGUGAAGAAUGUGAGACGUGAAGAUCAAGUUGUUCAUCAAUACAAUGAAUUCAUGUAGUAAACGCAAAAUAAAUCAACUAACAUAUUUACAUACUCACUAUGUAAUAGUUACCCGAACCGUACCGUACCGCAAAUGAAUGCUAGAGAUGAUAGUCUAACAUAACAAAUAUAAAUUACAAUGCCGUCAACAACAAGAAAAAACAACAGCAACAACAACAAAACAAAAUAAAUCAAACACAUAAUAUACAACAAAUUACCGAAAAACCGAACAACAACAACAGGCAAACCGCUCAUCAUUAGUUCCACAUAGAAAAAGUAUAAGUCUUUGAAGAAGAAACGUCUAAUUCGCAUAAAAAAUAUACAUACAUACAUCCUAUAUAUAUAUAUAUAAUUAUAUAUAUAUAUACAUAUACUUGUAUAUAUAUAUACACAAACAAAAAUAAUUUAAUUCUUUGUUAGUCCUCGACUCCGACCUCGAAACCAACAAUCAAACACACCGCGUUAAAACUAACUAGAGAAAUUUCUAAAAUGUAAUGAAAAUGGUAACAAAUUGAAAUAAAUAUAGUAGGCGGUGUAAACACAGCAUUAAGCCUGUGCAACGGUUCGCUGUCAAAUGCAGCUUUGGCAUUCAAAAUGGCCGCGGCGAGGCGAGUCGGUUAUGAAAACAAACCAAAUGCAAAAACUACUCUUAGACAAAUAUUUAAAUAAUUACGAAAAUCACAUGCAUGCAUAUCCACAGAAAUAUGUGUGUGUGUGUAGUUAUGUAUAUGAAAACCAAAAACAAAACUCUGUAACUGUUGACUUCCUGUUAAAAUGUUUAUAUAAAAUCAUAUGCAAUGAAUUAAGACGCAUUGUAUUGUACUCUACUAUAUUGCAUCGUCUAGUAUAUAUUGUGACCGUAUUGUACUAUAUACACAAUUAUAUAUACAUAUUUAUAUAUACAUAUAUAGAUAUUGAGAUGCCUCCAUUGUAUCUACGUAUGCUCUUUCCAAAGUUGUUUGUUUUCUGCUUUCAGCUCGAUUCUUUAGAAAGGAAGCAUUUUUUCACAAUAUUAUAUUUGUUUCAUAAUUUGUAUGUAUUGUAUUUAAGUAUUGAGGGCGAUGUUUCAAAUGUUAAAACUAAAUUUACCAAAACAUGCUAAUUAAAAAUACAAAAAACAAAAUAA